AGCCAUCUUGUCAAGAAUAAGGGAGGUAGGACGGAGCUGUUUCAAAUUUCAGUUCCCCCGAAGUGUAAAAUUGAAACGACUCUCUUUUUGAAUUUUGUCAUACUCGUAUUUUUAAAACGUACUGCAUUUCGGAAAUUACAAGUACAAGUAGAGUCUAAAGAGGAUACUUGUUUCGUGGGAUGUCUUACAUACUUGUCCUAACGUAGGGGGGAGUGUUGAAGCUAGAGCUAACCUAGCCAGCUAGCUGGUUUGGCUAGCCAGCUUUGAGUGAAGCCUGAGGGGUACGGGCCCGCCUCCGCCUAAAGUAGCGCCGGCAGCUGGGGAGCUGUAUCUUGCAGCGGUGGGUUGAGAACUAUAGAACCGGUAUAUUCAGUGGACAGGCCAGUUUGGAUUUAUCAUUAAAUUGGAUUUAUUAACUAAAAGUUGUUGGCAUCAGCCAAAUUGCUGAACUUCUGAGGAAUCAAGCUUCGUUUUGGACUCGUAAAAUGCAACAGGAGACAAGAGGAAGACGGGUGACACAAACUCAUCUUGAUUAUAGUUAGUGAUCGUGCUAGCUAUACAUUUUAGGAUAUAUGUAUAUCUUCUGUUUCAGACCUCUAGGUAUUUAACAGCUUAUAUCAUCUCCCCUUGCUUAAAUCGGGAGUAUUCAGACCAGUGUUGUAUACAAAGGUUCUCAAAAUGUCUAAAAUGCCAGCCAAAAAGAAGAGCUGCUUUCAGAUCACAAGUGUGACACAGGCUCAGGUGGCAGCCAGCAGUGUUGCGGACGACACUGAGAGUCUGGAUGACCCAGACGAAUCCCAGACCGAAGACGUCUCGUCAGAACUUUUCGAAGUGUCCAGGGUCGAGUAUGAGACCGUAUGCGACAGAAUUUCGUCAGAGGAAACCCAAAACAAUAUUGGAGGGUUAGAAACAACAGGCAUUGUGGCACCAUCGUAUACACCUCAAGUUGGACAGUUAUCUGCUAUGUCUGGACCUACAAACGAGGGUUUUCGGAAAGCAGGAGUGAUAGGCUCAACUCACACAAGCCAGCAAGCCAUGGUAACAGGUUCAGUUACCAGUCCUCCUCUUAUCACACUGCCUGGGGUUAUGCAACAACAGCCUAUCCCACCAGUAAGUGGAGGAACUACCAAUAUGUCAGUAUGCACGUCCCAGCCAGUGGUGAGUAGUUCAACACCUUCUACUACAAACUCUACAGCAAGUUGCAGUUCACGCUUCAGGGUUAUCAAACUUGAUCAUGGUACUGGAGAGCCCUUCAAAAGGGGCAGGUGGACUUGUAUGGAGUUCUUCGAGAAAGACUCAGAAGGCUCUGUGAUCAACAGAUCAGUAGAUAGUAUCAGACAUGCCAACAUCCCAGACCCCGGCACAGACAGGGACAGUGGUCUGGGUGUGACAGGUGGUUCGAUGGUUGCCCCAGCGACACACUCGGGCCAGGGCCUAGGCUCCAUGACCGAUGCUUCAGUGUCUGCCUCUUACACACACUCAGCAGAGACACUGCAGCAACAGCAACUUCACCAUCACAACUACAGUGUUGCGCAACAGGCUGGCAGGGGAGCGGCCACACAGAGCACUUUCUCCAACAACAAGUCGAUGACUGCACCAGCCAUGCAACCAUCGGUAGGACAUGUUACAAGCGCUGCCUCCCAGAAUUUGGUUCCAAUUGGGCACAGCAGCCAGUCUCCUAGUAUUCCCUCUGCAGCCCAGACUCAGACACUAGUCUACCCACCCCAGCAGCAGCCCAUGCUACAGCAGAUUCCCCUGGGACACCACCUGUCCAACCAGUCCUCAGGUCUUCCUCAGAACCAGGCAGACUAUUACCAACAACACCAGGCUGCAACCAUGCAGCCAGUGGCCUUGGCUGGUCAGACCCUACCGAUAGCAAGCCACUCUGUGGGACAGUCUCUGGGCCAGGGCCCCUCGCCAGUCGUGACUCCUUCAGUUGGCGGGGCUUCCAUGCUGGGGCAGGAAGGAGAGAUGCUGACUGCAGGAGGGAGCUCCUUACCUGUCAGUCAGCCAGCUUCAACUCUGUUGCAGCACACAGUAUUGGGAGGUGCUGGCAGCUCCUUGCUGGGUAUGGUGCCUACCUUGCAACAGCAGGCAGUGGGUCCUUAUGCCUCAUCCGGGCAUCUUCUCAACCUCUACCCAGCUCCCCCCGGCGCCCAGAAUGUGCCUGCUGUUGGCGUGGGAACCAGUGUGCCCCCUGCCCUGCUCAGUGCCUCCAGCGCAGCCUCCGCCUCGCCAAACCCAUCCUCCUCUGUCUUGCCUCCUGGUCAACAGACUCAGAUUCCCCCCAAUGGUGCAGGGACUCUUGGGAACACAAGUGGGGCCCAGGGCCUCUCGUCUGUAGGAAUUGGACAGGUGGAGGGGAGCAGGGGUAAGGUGGAGGGCCUGGCCAGCCAGCCUCCCAGCCUCUCUGGGAAAGACCUGAUGAAGCCUCUGAUGCCUGAGAACCUGCAGCUGACCAGCCCAUCUGUCAACAGCCUGUUUGGAAUUACCAUACCUGUGGACGGAGAUGAUGACAGGAACCCCUCCAUGGCUUUCUACCAGGCCUUCCAGUCUGGCCACAGGCUGCAAGACUCUAAGGUCCACAUUGAUAGUGCCUCUGGAGCCAGUGUUGUUGCCAUUGAUAACAAGAUUGAACAGGCAAUGGACUUGGUAAAAAGCCAUCUAAUGUAUGCGGUGCGUGAGGAGGUGGAGGUUCUGAAGGAGCAGAUCAAGGAGCUGUUUGAGAGGAACUCUGUACUGGAGAGGGAGAAUGCUGUGUUGAAAUCAUUGGCAAACAACGACCAGCUGUCACAGCUCUCCGUCCCAGCAGCCUCAAACUCUACGAGUGCUCCUCCCCAGCAAGGGGCCGGACAACUUAAUGUCUCUGCCCCAUUACAAUCACAGCCUCAAGUUCAACACCAGGCCCAGCCCCAGCAACACCAGGCCCAGCCCCAGCAACACCAGGCCCAGCCCCAGCAACACCAGGCCCAGCGCCUUCCCAGUGUUAAUGCAAUCAUCCAGAGAGUGAGAGGGAGAGGUGGGAUCUUACAAGUGGCACCUUGCUGGAUCUUGGACUAG